GAACUACCCAAAUCACAUCAAAAUGGCACACAAAGGAGAGCUUCCUCAGUACCAGAGACUUAUCACUGCUCACAACGAUGAGGGCAAAGCCGUCUUCGCAAAGGUCGACGAGACCGGUCCCUGGAACGGUGUUAUGAAUGACACUGUUGGUUUCUCUCUCGGCUACACAACCUCGACUACGCCAGCGGACAUGACGGACGACAAGGAUAUCGCACAGUACAAGGAGCAUUUGGUGACACCACCUGGUCUCGUCAACAAGCAAGGAUCAGUGCUUCGCUUUGUGGAUUGUCCUCCGGGAUCUACAUCUCCCAUGCACCGUACCGUUUCGCUCGAUUACGGUGUUGUGCUCAUCGGAGAGAUGGAAUUGGUCCUCGACAGCGGCGAGACCAGAGUUAUGAAGGUUGGAGAUGUUGCUGUACAAAGAGGAACCAACCACGCAUGGAGAAACACAAGCGAUACCGAAUGGGCUCGCAUGAUGUAUGUCCUUCAGCCAUCGCUUCCGAUCUCGGUCAACGGAAAGCCGCUGGAUGAGGACCUAGGCCAUAUGACAGGUGUUCCUGCAUCUUCUUAGAGAGAGAUAUGAAGCCUCUCAGAUAUACU